UAUAUUCUUCCUUUUUCUAAUACGUGACACGAAAAAGAAUUUUUUAACUUAGGUUUCAAAGUUAAUAUUUUAUGGGAGUAUAAAAACAGCAGCUCUUCGCUUUUGCUUGAGUAAGGUCAUGACCCUCGCUUAUGAAACGUUUAUUUUUUCACAAGAGUCCUUAUAUCGAUUUUCCUUUGCAUACCGUACUUUCCCCGUAACACAUAUUCGCACCCCUUCACGAGGAAUCAAUAUCUUCUGACACACAAAAGGAACUUCUUUCUAAGAAAUCUUCAUCCUCCUAUCCUUUCUCUUUUAUCGAAUUUGUAUCAAAAUCACUGAAUAACAUUAUUUUACUUACUUUGAUAUAUUUCUUUUCCUAUAAUACAUCGAGUACUUUGAUAUAAGAAGAUAAUUCUGCAGAAUAUUUCUUUCGUAUUAACUCCACGAUUAUGUACAUCAGUGGCAGAUGUAACAAUUAAUAUUACUUUUUAUUCAACUAUAAAUUAUUAUGCAAAUUUAUAUAUUUGGGGAUAUAUUUAAAGAUAACGGAAUCUAGGCAGAGAAUUAUUUUAUCCACUAAAUAUUAUAAAUGAAAUACAUAAAAAUCCGCAGUUCACUUUCUAUAAGAAUUCUGUUGCAUUGGAAUUUUAAAGAAAUUUCAUUACAAUCUUAUUAAAAAUCAACUGUCUCAUCUGACAAUCGGUUUCUCAAAAUCUGAAAACAUUUGACAUACCGUAGAAAAAGGUUUUAACGCACAGAACACACAAAAGUUAUCUAUGAUACAUGUCGAAAUAUUUUCGCGAAUCACUGUGCACAGAUAAGUAUACAACAAACAACAAUCAGAGGUAGUUGAAAAAUAUAAAAAAUCUGUAUUUGUGUGAAUUGCAGAAAAUAGGAAGUGAUGUCGAGACACUUGGCGCGACAGUAAUUAUAAUUUCACCCCUAGAUAUAUUUCUUUUACCUUCGGUAGAAUUUCUUUUUUCACCCUCGCUACAUAAGAAGCCGAUGCAACUAUCGAUUCAUGCAAAUUGCCCGUGCUGUCAAUCAUUUUUGCCACUUCUCUCGAUAUUUUCCCCUUCUCCCUCUUAAUAUUUUGCCUCCUCCUUCUCCGUAUCUUGCCAUAAAUUCAGAAAGGGGGGGAUUGUAUACCUAGCAACCGAUUGAUCGAAACACACUCGUGCUUCAGACUUCGUAGGAGAAUGACGUGCUUCAGGAGAUCGGACUACUCGUUCAUGAAGAAGCUUCUGUUGGUUUUAGGAUUCUGGCCAACUCCAAACUCGAAGUUUCGUCUAUUUCGAAUCACUUUCAUUUAUACGGUUUACAUCGGUUAUCUACUGCUCGAGACAACAUGGUUUUACACGUUUGAGUGCGACAUGAAUUGCGUGGCGAAUGUUCUGUCCAUUUUUGUACUGAAUAUGAUGACAGUUUUCAAAUACUUCUUUCAUCAUAGACAUAUGACUGCUGUAUAUACUUUGUACACAGCGAUCGAAUUCGACUGGAAAUUCUUGAAAAACGAUAAACCGAGCAUUGAAAUUAUUCGGAAAUACGCAGAGUUGGUGCAUACUGUAUCGAUAUCGCUGAUGAGUAUGAAAUUCAUACCGAAACAAAAAUAUUCAUUUCUGGUAUCAAUUUUGCGGUGUAAAAAUAUGUAUGAAUUUCAGUUUUCAUGUGUUCCGGUAGCAUUGUAAUGGUUUUCAUGUAUCAGGCACUGCCUGUUCUUCAAAUACCAGAAGAAAAUUAUACUAGAUUCUGGCAACGACCGUUUGCUUUGAAAGCAUUAGGGAAAGCUAUAAGUUAUCCUACUCUUUAUCUGAUCUCCU